AUGUCGAGGAUCCUUCUGUUCCUGACAUUAGUAUGUACUUACGCACUUGCGUCGGUCCCGGAAGAUGCUAAGCAGAAACGGGGCAUCAUCGGUAAUGACGGAUGGAUCGGUCUACCAAGUCCUUACGGAUACGGACAUGGACAUCCGUGGUCGGUCGAUCAUACUCCAUGGAAAGGACUCAAACUGCAUGCAGGAUUGCAUUUGGCAGACGCGCUUCCGACUUAUAGUAGAGAUAGCAUCGCCUUGACACCCGGAAUUCUGAAAGCCCCCGUGUAUAUAACUAAGCACGUGGUGUUGGAGAAACCAGUGCCAAUUCCAGAACCAGUGAUCAUAGAAAAGCCGUAUCACGUGCCAGUACCAAUCGAGAAGAUCAUUCAUAAACCGGUCCCUGUCCCGGUACCGGUGCCUCACGCGGUGCCGAUUCCAGUAAAGCAGCCGAUCGCGGUGCCAGUGCACCAGCCGUAUCCGGUCUCGGUAAAACAUCCGGUGCCAGUGCCGGUUCCGGUGCCGGUUCCGAUUUCGAUUCAUCCGCUCCCGCCGCCGCUACCGCUGAUCCCGGCCGGCGGUUUUCCUGGUGGCAUCUAUGUGCGCGAUUAUGCACCCGGCCAUCUUUACGCACCGCCUUACCAUCCGCCGUCAAACGCCCUGCAUUUGGAUCACGGCAUCGCCGCAUAUCCCCAUCCCCACGGCUUUGGUCACGGACUUGGUCACGUGUUGGCGCAUGGUUACGGCCACGGUUACGAAUACGACCAUCACCAUCCUCAUGCCCAUGCUCAUGUCCAUGCUCAUGCCGACCAUCUUGUCCACGAGCACGAUCACAAAAAGAGGAAGACUGACAAGAACUGA